GUUUGUUACAAAAAAAAAAAGAAGAAAAAAAUAAGACAGUUCUAUGGAGGAAAGAGACUUGGGAAAACGAGUAUAGUCCAGUGAGAGAACAACACUAGGGACAAAGAGAGAGGAAGAAGAUGUUGUCAGAAGCUCAUAUGGUCUGAAUAAUACAGUCUCUUGGAAGUUGGUUUCUGCAAAUCUUUCCAUUUCUUGGCAUCUCCAAUUCUCUGUGUUCUUCAAGCAGUUCAGAUCAAAAGAGGAAGCAGCUAAAGCCACAGUUUUGCUUGCAGGAGGUAUUGACUAUAUCCAAAAUAGAGUGCCUGUAAGACUCUAAUACGAAGCAAUGCAGUCUCCAAAACCAAGGCCCGGAUCUUUGGAGAAGAAGUCUCCUACAGCAACUCCUAGAACUGCUCGUAAGCUCAAAACUGCAGAAACGGACCCUGUUUCAUCUCCCAACCCGAAAAUCAGAACACCAAAAGCUCAGAGCCCAAAAGUAGUUGCUGAUCGCCGUUCUCCAAAAACCCCUAUUAAUGAGAUUCAGAAGAAACGGACAGGGACAACACCUGAAGUAGCAUCUCAGAUAUCUCAGCUGCAAGAGGAGCUAAAGAAGGCAAAGGAACAGCUAAGCGCUUCAGAAGCUUCAAAGAAAGAAGCUCAAGAUGAAGCAGACGAGACAAAGCAGCAGUUGAUUGAGAUCAAUGCCUCUGAGGACUCAAGAAUCGACGAGCUUCGCAAACUCUCUCAAGAACGAGACAGAACAUGGCAGUCUGAACUCGAAGCAAUGCAGAGACAGCACGCCAUGGAUUCAACUGCUCUAGCUUCAGCAAUGAGCGAAGUCCAGAAACUGAAAGCACAGCUGUCUGAAUCUGAAUCCCUUGAGAACUUACGGAUGGAACUAGACAAGACGCUGUCUCUUGUCGAGGAGCUCAGAGAGGAAGUGUAUGACGCAAAGGAAGGAGAAGCUAGAGCCCAUGAGAUUGUUUCAGCGACUGAAAAGCAGUUAGAGAUAGCCAAUUUGACGCUUGAGAUGUUGCGUUCUGAUGGUAUGACGAUGUCUGAAGCUUGUAACGCCCUUACAACCGAGCUAGAACAGUCCAAAUCCGAGGUAAAGUCACUAGAGCAACUUGUGAGACAGCUCGAGGAAGAAGAUGAAGACUCAUCAUCGGUGGAAGAGCUCAAAGAAGAGAUAAACGUUGCAAGACAUGAGAUUAGCCAGUUGAAAUCUGCAGUGGAAGUAACUGAGAGAAGGUACCAAGAAGAGUAUGUCCAGAGCACGUUGCAGAUAAGAAGUGCUUAUGAACAGGUGGAGGCUGUAAAAUCUGAGUUAGGGGAAGAACUGAAGAGAACCAAAGUCGAAAGAGAGGCUUUGCAUGAACGUUUGAUGGAUAAGGAAGCUAAGGUGAGGAUACUGGCUGAUGAAAACGAGUUACUCAACUUAAAAAUCAAAGAAACAGAAGAAGUUACAGGUGAACUCAAGAAGCUAGAAUCUGAUCUGAUGGAGCUGAGAGGGAAUCUGAUGGACAAGGAGAUGGAGCUGCAGAGUGUAAUGUCACAGAACGAGAGUGUCAGGAGCGAAAUGGAGAAGGUACAGAGCGAGAAGAACAAGGCUAUGGACGAGGCCUUAGAGAGGCUUGAGAGUCUGAAGGAGGAAGCUGAUAAGAAUGGGAAUAGAGCAGAAAAUGCAACGGAACAGCUAGAGGCAGCACAAGUAACUAACACAGAACUAGAAGGUGAGCUAAGGAGACUCAAGGUUCAGUGUGAUCAAUGGAGGAAAGCUGCAGAAGCAGCAGCUACUAUGCUCUCUGGUGGUAACAACAAUAACAGAGAUGGGAAGUACGUGGAGAGAACGGGGUCGCUGGAGAGUCCGUUGAGGAGGAACGUGAACAUGUCGCCUUAUAUGGAUGAAAAUGAUGAUGAUUUGUCUUCGCCGAAGAAGAAGAAUGGGAGUAUGCUUAAGAAGUUUGGUGUGUUACUGAAGAAAAGUCAGAAGUGA